UACGCCAAACAUUAAACCAUCAAUUGAGACGAAAAAGAGAAGGUUUACUUAUUCAGAGGUUAUGAAAAUGACAAAUAAUUUCCAAACAGUAGUAGGCGAAGGUGGAUUCGGUGUUGUGUGCCACGGUACUCUAAAUGAUUCCGAACAAGUAGCUGUUAAAUUGCUCUCUCAAUCAUCUAGUCAAGGCUAUAAGCAUUUUAAGGCAGAGGUUGAUCUUCUUCUAAGAGUUCACUAUACAAAUUUGGUGAACCUUGUUGGAUAUUGCGAUGAAGGAGAUCAUUUGGCUCUUAUCUAUGAGUUUAUGCCAAAUGGAGACUUAAAACAACAUCUAUCUGGAAAACGUGGUGGAUCCAUUUUCAAAUGGGGCAGUCGGCUGCAAAUAGCUCUGGAGGCUGCACUAGGUUUGGAAUAUCUACAUGUUGGAUGCACACCGCCAAUUGUACAUAGAGAUAUCAAAACGACAAACAUAUUGUUGGACCAACAGUUAAAGGCUAAGAUCGCCGAUUUUGGCCUUUCAAGAUCUUUCCCUGUUGGAGGUGAAACCCAUGUUUCAACUGUUGUUGCUGGUACACCUGGAUAUCUUGAUCCAGAAUAUUACCAUACAAGUCGGCUGGGUGAGAAGAGUGAUGUGUACAGCUUUGGAAUUGUGUUAUUGGAAAUGAUCACAAACCAACCAGUGAUUGACCAAUCCCGUCAAAGGUCUCACAUAGCUCAGUGGGUUGGGUUUGAGCUCAACCGAGGAGAUAUUACUAGUAUUAUAGAUCCAAACCUCCACAGGGAUUACGAGUCUCGUUCCGUAUGGAGAGCUCUUGAACUGGCGAUGUCGUGCGUGAAUCCUUCUUCAGCAAACCGACCAAAUAUGUCACAGGUUGCUAAUGAACUGAAAGAGUGUCUUGCAUCUGAAAAGUCUAGGAGAAAUAUGAAUAUGGACUCUCAGAGUUCUCCUGAAGUGAGCAUAAGCUUUGACACUGGGAUGUUUCCGAGGGCAAGAUAGUUUGUUUGUGCUGCAAAGUAAGAAGACCAAUGACCGUGACGAGCAUAUGAGGCUUAUAGUGAACUGUUUUGAAUCACAAUUAACUGUUUACGCCUUUUCUUUUUAUGAAUUUUGGGUGACAAGAAAAAAAAAUUUGAGAAUUUCUGAAGAACUUUUGAACAUGAA